AUGGACCUUAGUGCUAUACGUUAUCGGUCACUGGACUGUUGUGCUACACACUAUGUGUUACACUGUUAUAAUUAUGGGUCAAUAGACCUUACUGUUAUACACCAUGGGUUAGUUGACCUUAGUGUUAUACGCCAUGGAUCGAUGGACUGUAGUGUUAUACACCACGGAUUAAUGGACCUUAGUGUUGUACACCAUGGAUUGAUGGACCUUAGUGUUAAACACCAUGGAUUGAUGGACUGUAGUGUUAUACACCAUGGAUUGAUGGACUGUAGUGUUAUACACCAUGGGUUGAUAGACCUUCGUGUUAUACACCAUGGAUUGAUGGACCUUAGUGUUAUACACCAUGGAUCAAUGGACCUUAGUGUUAUACACCAUGGGUUGAUAGACCUUGGUGUUAUACACCAUGGAUUGAUGGACCUUAGUGUUAUACACCAUGGGUUGAUAGACCUUAGUGUUAUACACCAUGAAUUAAUGGACCUUAGUGUUAUACACCAUGGAUUGAUGGGCCUUAGUGUUAUACACCAUGGAUCCAUGGACCUUAGUGGAUUGAUGGAUCUUAGUGUUAUACACCAUGGAUCAAUGGACCUUAGUGUUGUACACCAUGGGUUGAUAGACCUUAGUGUUAUACACCAUGAAUUGAUGGACCUUAGUGUUAUACACCAUGGGUCGAUAGACCUUUGUGUUAUACACCAUGGAUUGAUGGACCUUAGUGUUAUACACCAUGGAUCAAUGGACUUUAGUGUUAUACACCAUGGGUUGAUAGACCUUGGUGUUAUACACCAUGGAUUGAUGGACCUUAGUGUUAAACACCAUGGGUCGAUGGACUGUAGUGUUAUACACCAUGGAUCAAUGGACCUUAGUGGUAUACAUUAUGGGUUGAUAGACCUUAGUGUUAUACACCAUGGGUUGAUAGACCUUAAUGUUAUACACCAUGGAUUGAUGGACCUUAGUGUUAUACACUAUGGGUUGAUAGACCUUAGUGUUAUACACCAUGGAUUGAUGGACCUUAGUGUUAUACACCAUGGAUCAAUGGACCUUAAUGUUAUACACCAUGGGUUGAUAGACCUUAGUGUUAUACGCCAUGGAUCGAUGGACUGUAGUGUUAUACACCACGGAUUAAUGGACCUUAGUGUUGUACACCAUGGAUUGAUGGACCUUAGUGUUAAACACCAUGGAUUGAUGGACUGUAGUGUUAUACACCAUGGAUUGAUGGACUGUAGUGUUAUACACCAUGGGUUGAUAGACCUUUGUGUUAUACACCAUGGAUUGAUGGACCUUAGUGUUAUACACCAUGGAUCAAUGGACCUUAGUGUUAUACACCAUGGGUUGAUAGACCUUGGUGUUAUACACCAUGGAUUGAUGGACCUUAGUGUUAUACACCAUGGGUUGAUAGACCUUAGUGUUAUACACCAUGAAUUAAUGGACCUUAGUGUUAUACACCAUGGAUUGAUGGGCCUUAGUGUUAUACACCAUGGAUCCAUGGACCUUAGUGGAUUGAUGGAUCUUAGUGUUAUACACCAUGGAUCAAUGGACCUUAGUGUUGUACACCAUGGGUUGAUAGACCUUAGUGUUAUACACCAUGAAUUGAUGGACCUUAGUGUUAUACACCAUGGGUCGAUAGACCUUUGUGUUAUACACCAUGGAUUGAUGGACCUUAGUGUUAUACACCAUGCAUCAAUGGACUUUAGUGUUAUACACCAUGGGUUGAUAGACCUUGGUGUUAUACACCAUGGAUUGAUGGACCUUAGUGUUAAACACCAUGGGUCGAUGGACUGUAGUGUUAUACACCAUGGAUCAAUGGACCUUAGUGGUAUACAUUAUGGGUUGAUAGACCUUAGUGUUAUACACCAUGGGUUGAUAGACCUUAAUGUUAUACACCAUGGAUUGAUGGACCUUAGUGUUAUACACUAUGGGUUGAUAGACCUUAGUGUUAUACACCAUGGAUUGAUGGACCUUAGUGUUAUACACCAUGGAUCAAUGGACCUUAAUGUUAUACACCAUGGGUUGAUAGACCUUAGUGUUAUAAACCAUGGAUUGAUGGACCUUAGUGUUUUACACCAUGGAUCAAUGGACCUUAGUGUUAUACACCAUGGAUCAAUGGACAUUAGUGUUGUACAAAACGCAUAUAAGCUCAUUUAG